UUUAAUGUGUAAUGGCAAAGUAUUCAAGAUGCUUUUACAUAGCCUAUGUAUAGAUAUAGAGAUAAAGAUCGACCCGAUCGCUUCAAUUUGCGCAACAUGUUCAGGAUCUGACUGGAAUUGUUUGGAGCAGUGACAGGCAACCAAUGAAGUUGAUGACACAAAAAAGUGGACUCGUCACGUAGAGUAGCGGCAAUUUGGGCACAGAAAGGCGAUGGCGGACUUUAGCCACAUUCUUGCUCAAAUGGGAGACUUCGGGCCAUUCCAGAAGAAACUGGUUUUGCUCUGUUCCAUACCGCUGAUCCCGUUCUCUUUUGCCUUGGCGGGGUCGGUUUUCCUUAGCAUGACUCCAGAUCACUGGUGCGCCUUCCCGGAGGCCAAGCGUCUCUUGAAUGAGUGCGGCUGGACACAGGCGCACGUGAUGGAAUACACCAUUCCCCGUUCAGGAGAGUCCUUCUGCCACUGCGAGAGGUUUGAGAUGAACCUGAGUCGAUGGACGUGCGAUGAUGUGUACCAACAUCUGGUCUCCAAAGAGGCUCAGGUGGCACCUUGUAAUGGCGAAUGGGAAUUCAAUUCAAGCCAUUCCACAAUUGUUUCGGAGUUCUCCUUGGUUUGUAAUAUGUCAUGGAAGGCUGGUCUCAAUCACAUCAUGCUGAGAUCUGGACUCCUCUUCAGCGGGUUCAUCACUGGCCACAUGUCAGACAGAUUUGGCAGGAAGCCGUGUUUUAUCGGCUUCAUGUUUUUUCUCGGUAUCGCCGGCGUGGGCGUCAUGCUGUCGCCGUGGUACCCACUGCUGCUGCUGUUUCGUUUCCUUCAAGGAUUUUUUGAAAGGGGAGCUUGGACAUCAGGCUACGUUCUGUUGGUAGAGUUUGUUGGACCAAACUACCGAAAAUUUGUGGCACUGAUGACCAGCUUGUUCUAUGACAUGGGCAUGGUGGCUCUGCCGGGCUUGGCGUACUUUAUAUCUUCUUGGAGGACUCUGCAACUCAUCCUGACGCUACCCUGGUUCCUCUUUAUCCCUUACUACUGGAUGGUUCCUGAAUCGCCACGCUGGCUCUUGGCUCAAAGGAGGAACUCGGAGGCCAUGAAGAUUGUGGCCAAGGUUGCCAAGUGCAAUGGGAGAACAUUGUCGCAAAACCUUGAAGAGGUGACUCAUCUGGAGAAGAGAAGUACAGCCCAUCCUUUAUCACUUUUGGUCUUGGUUAAGACACCCGUCCUCAGGCAGAACACGCUCAUCUUAAUUUAUAUCUGGUUUUCAGCUGGUUUUGUGUUCCAUGGCCUGAUUUUGCACCAAGUGGAGGCUGAAAAGAACCUCUAUUUGGAAUUCUUAGUGCCUUCGGCAAUGAGGUUCCCUGUGGGCUUUAUAAUAUACAUGAUGGUCGACAGAGUCGGCCGACGCCACUUUCUGGCUGGUACCUGUUUAAUUGGCGGCAUCUACUGCUUCGCCGCACCCUUUAUUUUCACAGAGCAUACCUGGGGGAAAAAUGCCAUGAAGACCAUCAUUAAUAUGGCUCUUUCUGCAUUGCUGAAGACGCUCUUCUUUGCAAAUGCGGAAUUGUAUCCCACCAAUUUGAGAAAUCUGGGCCUGACGGUGUGUUCAUCAUCCUUUGAUGUUGCAAUCAUGGCUGCUCCAUUUCUGCACCAUUGGCUGACAGACAUCUGGCCUGAGCUUCCCUUUUGCAUCUACGGGGUCAUAACAGUGGUCAACUGCGGUUUGGUAACAUUGUUGCCAGAGACGAAGGGAGUUGUGCUACCUGACACUGUUGAUGAAAUGGAGGAUCUAAGAAGAAAAGAAAACCAAUCCACAGAAGAAAGCUUCUCAAUGGCAUGCGUAGGGGGAGUUGCAAGAUCUCAGCAUCCUUCUGUUUGAUCAUCAUAAGGAUGGGAAACGAAAAUGGGAUGAUGAUGGUCGAUUCAUCACCACUUGAAACUUAAAUCAUUGUUUCCACAAGGCAUGUACAGCUAGUUCUCUAAGAACAAGGUAGUUUACAAUAAAUCCAUGAAUGACAUCUUCUAUUACUUUGUUCUUGUUAGUCAUUUUUGGAAUAAUCUAUUUUCAAUAUGUCAAUAAAAUGAAUUGUGAU